AAGCAAAGUGCGUGAAGAAGAACGGCAUCAUCAUCGAGAGAAGCUUGUGGAACAAAAACUCGUCUGUAUUGUACUACUUCUCGUACGAGAACAGUCAUUGAUUCUUUUUUUUUCACUGACUACGCAUCAAGUGAAUAAGUCACGACCGAAAAAAAUACAAAAAUGGCAACUCUUCGACAACUCGUACUGGAACGUGCGAAGCAGACGGCGAAGCUUCAACCCCUAACAGAAGGCGAAGGUAUCACCAUUCCAUACCAACCAAAGCAAGCGCCUACACCUGUGGCGAGUCGACCCGGGGUCCCUUCGACGAGGCGCGCACCCGCGAGAGGAGUGUCGAGUGGUACUGCUGACUCGCAGGUCUGCUACUUUUUUUGCCUUCACAGUCAAGUAGAAGUAGUACAAACAUACCCUCCUCAAUGUACCUUGUUCAAUCAUUGUGUCAAACCUUUCCCGCCCACGCGUUCAUCUUCUCAGAUCUCGUCUCCGAAGUCGGUUCAGUCGCAUCUUCUCGAGUUCCUCGUAGUACAGCAGGCGAUGAGUCCACCAAACGUAGAUAUCACACGCCAGGCUCAAUUCCGAAAUAUCUACAGAAGUUUAAAGCCGACAAAGAAAAUGCAAGGGUGCAGAAAGAGGAGGAAGCGAAGAAGGUGAAAGUGCCGGAAGGAUAUAGGUACUAGUGCUUGAUGGAUGGUCGUUCGUACUCGAGAUUUUCUUCAUGAUCCUUGCUAGUUGUUCAUCUACUGUCAACAUUAUAAUGACAACAUUCAAUUUCAUUUCCAGUACAACACAAUCAACCCUCUACAAGAACAGGCUAGUCAGCGAAGACGAACGGAUCAAAACUUUGGACUGGUUCAGCGGAAAACUUGAGGGCGUAGCGCAGAGUAUGUCCAAGUUGCCUAUCCGAAUCGAGAUCGCGAGUCAGAAAAAACGAGAAAAAGAACUAGUGGAGAAAAAAAACAGUCUAGAAGAAGGCGUGAAAUUGUUUUCGAGGAAAUUGGUACUUCUACUUCAUUAAUUUCGUGCAUUUUUGCGUUGUGCUUGUGGUUGUUGUGAGAGUACUUCCUCUUCAAAAUAGAGAAAGAUAUGUUUCCGCACUGAAAAAAGCAAGAAGGUCGAUUAGUUCCACCCACUGAAAAAAACUCAACUACUCCCAAUCACGAUCAGUCUCCUCGCAACCACUACAACAGGUCUUCGUCCCGAAAGAUUCCGACCCUCUCUUUGAGGCCGACGAAGCAGACGACAUCUUAGAUCCCUGCUCAGGUGAGGAGAGGUUUGGCGACAACGACGAUUUCCAACUGCCAGGCAUGCCUGCAAAGGACACAAACGAUCGUCUCUUCGGCGGCUAUGAAGAAGCCCCAAUCCUACAGAACGAGGGUUAUGCGAACUCUUUGAACACGAUCACGCAUCACCCAGAGGCAACUGGAAUGCAGAUGCCAGGACAGCAGAUGAACUAUCCUCCAAUGGGCGCAAUGGGAGGGCAGAAUCAAUACAACCCGAUAGCUCACCAAGGACAAUAUCAACAACCUCCUGGUUUUCAACAACAGCCUGCUAUGAUGGAACAGUGUCCUCCACCAGGACUCGCCGGUCGUGGUGGAUACAAUCAGCAACCUGUGGGCGGAGCCAGUAACGCGUCAUCUGGCUCGUUUUACAAUGGCUAUGGAGGAGGAGCGCAGGAACAAGACGGUCCUCCAGGUCGAAAUAUGCAACAGAACCAGAUUCCCUACGGAUCACCAUCCGCUUUUUCCGGAGGUGGAUCGGGUCCGUCGUAUCCAGGACCGGGAGCCUUUGUUAUGGUUUCAACAUUGUUCCAUAGAGAUAGUUGUACUAGUUAUCAAGAAGAUAUGAAAAGAAAAUCUGUUAUCAUUAUCAGGUUUCUGAAGUAGAGAAGUACGAUAAUGAUAACAGAUUUUGGUUUCAUAGAAGAGUCAUUUAAUAUGUACUACAUAGCCGUAUUAAUCGACGCUUCAUCCUCUUCUAAUCCUGUUCAGUCUCCACCUCCCACUUCUAAUCUCUACCACGGCGGAGUAUCUUCCACUGGCAGCAGGCAAAUGCCUGGCAUGCACGAUAUCCCUCCGAUGGUUUACCCUGACAUGGUACAACACUCAAAUUCUUCCUCGAAGAGUCCGCAUCUCUUGAAGAUGGACGAUUCUGAACGCGGCACGAAAUGGAACACGCAAAAUCCUACGAAAAUCACAUCGCAGCCGAUGGGUGUGAUGUCGACGAGUAGACCGCUUCCAGGUGUGUCGGAUACAACUAGUGACCCUGAUAAUGCUCCACGCGUACCGCCAGGAGGAUUUUCGAGUUUAGUGCUAUACUAAUCGAGGUAUCUAUAGGUAAGCACUGCACUGGUACAAUUAUAACAAUAGGAUAGGUAUAGGUCGUAAGCACUGCACUGGAGGCACAAUUAAGUAUAAUAACAAGAAUUCAUUGGGACUAGUUGUACUCAGCUAGGAGAAUAAGAAGACAAACACCUCCUGGUGCGCACAAAAUGAAUACUGUUGUGAUGGCUGAACUAUCAGAACUAAGUAGUCUAUUUUUGAUGUAAAAUCAAUGAAAUUAUCGGUCCCUCCGAUUGUUCGAUCCAUGUUCUUUUUUUAGCUGCACUGCCACACGCGCAAGGAGGAGUGGUAGCGAUUAUUGGAGGAUAUGAAGAAGCAGAAGCAGAUCAUUAUGAAGUAUCUUCAGGUAUUUGUCGUUGAAAAUAUAAACUUGAGUUUGUCUGAUGUUGAUAAACGAAAAUGAACUGAAUUUUGGAAAAGAAAUGUAUUCAUUGACCUUGUCCUUGGCUAUGCCGGCUUUUCUGCUCAUUCCGGCUAAUGUGGUGAUCUUCUGCACUUGUCGGUGUACUAAUUCAAACUUGGCUAAAGUAGGAGCUUUUUGUGAGAAGUAGAGAACUUGAAUAUGACGUGGAACGGAAAACGGUCGAGGUAGAAUACCAAUAUGGAAUAUGGAUGAAAGAGGCUAUUAUUGCGAUUUGAGGACGAGGAGAUGAAUAAGUAACUAGUCCUAGUACCUUCGCUGAUGCAUCAUUCAU